CGCGAGCUCGUGCGCGCGCCCGACCGAAGGCGAAUGCGGUACGAAAAACAAGCAAGGAUUGCCGGAGAGACAAGACGGGCAUACUUUACCUCCACAUCACAAGAUCAUAUUUUGGAGCGUAAAUUUCACGCCCUGUCGGGUCGUGUUACAGUCGGAGACGGCUGAGGACAUUCCCGGGGAGAACAAUAGGAUGCAGUGUAGACUUUCCUGGUGACUUGUCUGCAGGCUCUCCACUUUACUUGUCCCUGGAGCCAUCCGUUUGGGGGGGGCAGAUUUCUGCAUUCCCCGCAAAGUCUGAGUCUCUGUCUGGACCGACCCAACCGCCUGUCAUAGGAGUACGCAGUGCACACUCGGCCGUGUUGUUCGGAUCAGCACAGCUCAUCUCCUGACUGAGGAGAGCGCAGCAGCUGCACACGAUUCACCUUGUACUUCCUGAUCCCCCCCGGCCCCACCCACACCGCCUGUCACCAUGGUGCUGUCACAACGGCAACGAGAUGAACUAAAUCGAGCGAUAGCUGAUUAUUUACGUUCCAAUGGAUAUGAAGAAGCAUAUUCCACUUUCAAGAAGGAAGCGGAAUUAGAUAUGAAUGAAGAAUUGGAUAAGAAGUAUGCCGGCCUUUUGGAAAAGAAAUGGACCUCAGUCAUCAGAUUACAGAAGAAGGUCAUGGAACUUGAAUCCAAACUGAAUGAGGCCAAGGAGGAGAUCACCAUGGGCGGGCCUGUCAGUCAGAAGCGUGACCCCAAAGAGUGGAUCCCACGCCCACCAGAAAAGUAUGCGCUGAGUGGCCACCGCAGCCCAGUCACCCGUGUCAUCUUCCACCCCGUCUUCAGCGUCAUGGUUUCAGCUUCUGAGGACGCCACAAUAAAGGUGUGGGAUUAUGAGACAGGAGACUUUGAGCGCACACUGAAGGGCCAUACAGACUCCGUGCAGGACAUCUCCUUUGACCAGACCGGCAAACUGCUAGCAUCCUGCUCUGCAGACAUGACGAUCAAGCUGUGGGACUUCCAGGGCUUUGAAUGCAUCAGGACCAUGCAUGGACAUGACCACAAUGUUUCUUCUGUAGCCAUCAUGCCCAACGGAGAUCACAUAGUUUCUGCCUCAAGGGACAAAACCAUAAAAAUGUGGGAAGUGGCAACUGGCUACUGUGUGAAGACCUUCACAGGCCACAGGGAGUGGGUCCGUAUGGUGCGGCCCAACCAGGACGGCACACUGAUUGCCAGCUGCUCCAAUGACCAGACGGUGCGCGUAUGGGUGGUGGCCUCCAAAGAGUGCAAGGCCGAACUGCGAGAGCACGAACACGUGGUGGAGUGCAUCUCCUGGGCACCAGAGAGUGCCUACCCCACCAUUCUAGAUGCCACAGGCACUGAGACCAAGAAGAGUGGCAAGCCAGGCCCCUUCCUGCUGUCUGGCUCCAGAGACAAAACCAUCAAGAUGUGGGAUGUUAGCACUGGCAUGUGCCUUAUGACACUGGUUGGCCAUGACAAUUGGGUGCGCGGGGUCCUGGUCCAUCCUGGGGGCAAGUUCAUUGUAACUUGUGCAGAUGACAAGACCCUAAGGAUCUGGGACUACAAGAACAAGCGCUGCAUGAAGACCCUGGGUGCCCACGAACACUUUGUUACCUCUUUGGAUUUCCACAAGGCUGCUCCCUACGUGGUCACUGGGAGUGUAGAUCAAACAGUAAAAGUGUGGGAGUGCCGCUGAUUCGGACCUUGGAGGAUUGGACCACCACCCCAAUUACCCAAGCGCUCCUCUGGACCCCACACCCCCUCCUGCCAUCGUACCUGCCCCCCCUCAUUCCACCCCCACCUAAACCCCACCCACACAUCUUCAUCUCCUCCGGCUGCACUCACCCACCAUGGUUAUUUACCCAUUGCGCUCUCUGGUCCAAUAACUAUUGUCCUUCUAUGUAAAUUAUUCCUGGAUGUAGAUCGAGCUAUUAAAUGUUACACAAAAAAAGUAUUCUUGCAUGGUAAUCCAAAAUUGUAUACUGUAAAUUUACAUAACGUUGUCUAGAAGUACCAUAGGUUUAACACGGGGCUGGCCGUCUGUCACGCAGCCUUACCGACCAACCGAAGGCAGAUGUUUUUGACUGGGUGUAAAAUGUAGGGCACUAAAAACCGAUAAUUUAAGAAAUGACAAUGUCUUUAUGUGUAAGAUUUAUUUUUGUCUAUUUUUUUAUUUAGGAUUUUUUUUUUUCUCUUUGUUAUUUUUUUCCUUCUCCUUUCACUGUCGUAGUCUGUUGGUUCCUAGCUUGGUGAACUUUUGAGGAGGAGAGGAAAGGCAAGAAAAGGAAAAGUGUAAUCCCCUAAUGGAGAUAUGAUUGUUUGUGGGGCUUUGUUAUUGGAAUAAUCUGUAGCUUCGUAACAUCACUUCUGAAGUGUGCAUACCAUUUCUCUUCAUGUGGAACUAGAUAAUAUUUUAAUGGCUGUAUAUACGAAUGUUUCAAACUUGUCUUUGGACCUUGGGGGGUUGGAAAGCAGCUUUGUACUCUUGUCAUGGUGGCACAUCCUAAAUGAGUGUCCCCUAAAUGACUAUCCCAUUGCUAAAUUCUGCUUUGCAGUCAAGAAUCAAAGUAUUUUUCACUGGCUUUUUUGACCAGCCAUGCUACGCUAUACUCCUGAUGCCCAGUUUAGCAAGCACUUAGGCUUAAUUUUAGUGUGGCUCUAAGCAUGAGGUGCUGCUACCUCGAAUGCUGCCCCAUACCUGUUUGGCUCUUGCUGCCAGCGAGCGUCUGGCUUACAGUAGCACCUGGGCCCUGGCACACUUCAGGGAUUAUCUCUUUUAAUCUCUAAGGAGCUUAGGUGCAUCUCCCUUUGUGAGAUGGUGCACUACGAUGUUACAAGUCAGACUUCUGUUGAACUGAGUCGUCUCUGUCUCAAGUCCCCUGACUGAUGAGUUCCUUCCAGGGUUUUAUCGUCUGUGUAGCACAGGAAUUAUGCAGAGUCAAUAGAUGCUCAGUCGUCCCAUGGCGCCUCUGUAGGUGUCACAAGGGUGGGUGAGCCUCAGCCCUGCAUGAAAUACACAAGUCCAAAAAACAAACAAACAGAGGCAUGACAGAGUCAAAGUGAGCCCCCUGGGUUUCUUAUCUGGGAUGUGCAAAGAUCUGUAAUUACUGAGGGGUAAAAUUAUAUACUCUGCAUAAUAAAAAUGGUUCUGAGUAACAAAUCAGUUUUCUGUGAAAAUACGAAUUGUAAAAAUAGCUUAUGAAGAGUUACGGCAAAUUUGUAUCGUCGCCUAAAAGGACGAAGUGGAUGGAAAUUCAGGAAUAGUGAGGAAACGCUAGCAGCAGACAUAACUAAAUCACCUGUGUAGAUUGUGUUUUCUGCAGAGGAAUCUAACGCUGAGAUUUGUCUUUUAUUGUAAAGAGCUUUUCACCAUUAAAGGCAGUGCAGCUCCCUUGCUUCUGAUCAGCCAUUGUGUUUGGUUUUGCACCAGACAGGGUUUGUGCCUGGGAGCAGUGAGGAGCUCUUCAGGAAAACCCUGCAGACCAUCUCAAACUUACAGAUGUCUCCUGAGUAGCUUUCUUCAAAUGUUCAUUUUUUUUUUAAAUCUUGGUGGAACAUGCUAGUAAAAAAGAAAAAAAAAAAAGAAAAAAAUUGGUGGGAUGAUGGAAAGUUAUUGUUAUUCAGUCCAUACUGUAGAAACUAACCAUUCCAUUCCCCUUGGAGGAAUAAAAUAGGACAUCUUGCUUGCUGGCAAGACUGUUCCUUAAUCUUGCACAUCCCUGCUCUCAUUUAGUCUUUGGUCCUUUUAUGAUGAUCGAAGACAAACAUUUUGAAAACGCUGAUAAAUUCAUAAUCAUAAUUUUUUUUUUUUUUUUUGAUUCGCCUCUUCAUUCCAAUGCAGUUUCCUUGAUAAUAAAGACUUCCACUGCUUAACUGAUCUUAUCUAGCUUCUUUGCCAAGUUUUCCUGUUCCUGUGUGUACUGGAUGUGGCUAUCUGCUGCUCGGCCUGCUAGUGGCUAGUGUGAGCGUGACGUGACCUGUUGAUCUAGCACUGCUGCAUGUAAACCUGGACCAGAGGCAGAGCUGUCUGGUGGGGCCAACGAGUUGAUGCUCAUGUUCCUUAGUGUAGCAGAAAAAUAUUCUCUCAGUGCUCAUCAACUGCAGGAGCCUCAUUAUGUCAGUGACUCAGUGCUAAUUGGUCCGAUUGGCAAGUGGAGAAACUGUUUCGUCCCAGUUGGCAGGUGUCUUUGUGUACAUAAGUUGUGCACUGUGCCAAUUCACUUGGUCUCUCAUGGACACCAGAAAGACUCCCUACCAGACAGGUCAGCUGGCUUGAUUAUGUCAGACAGCUCUGUUAUGUGGUUGUAGGAAGACUGGUUUUGUUUGUGUGUGUGUGUGUGUGUGUGUGCGUGUGUGUGUGUGUGAUGCAAUUUGAGGGAGGCCAGACCCACAGAUGAGCUGCCUCCCUCCCUCUUCUGUAAAUGCGAUGGGAUUGCGGCAGACUAGGAUGUCCCAAAGGAGAAGCCCCCCUCUCCUUCAUGGGGGAACAACCACUAACGUCUCCCUUUGGUGCCCCCACUCAACCAGGGUCUGUUUUCUGCAAGCUGCAGUCUGUCACAACUCCUCUGUCAAAGAAUUUGGGCAAAGAAUCAGCUCUGAUUCUCUGUUGACUCCCUUUUACCAGACAUUUUGUAGUACAAGCUGGCAUGGCCCUGAAAAUGCCAAGGUGUUAAAUGUUCUAGCUGAAGCCAAAAAAAAAAAAAAAAAAAAAUGGAGAGAUUGUUUGGACAGUCUGGUUGAGCUUGAGAAUUCAGACUCCUUGGACGCGUGUGUGCGUCUUGUUGGUGCAAGACAAAGCGACUGACCUUUUGAAAAUGACACUUCUCACCUUUUUGCAAUUGGCUGAUUUCUGGAUUACACUACCACACGCCUAUUCAAAACCAGGCCAGGGAAUAAAUGGAAAUUACUCUUGACUGUUGAUUAAAAAAAAGAAAGAAAGAAAAAGACACACAGGCUCCCUUCCUUGUUUCAGGCAAGGAAGAGGGUUUAAUUAAAGGUCAGAACAGUGUGUUCACUGAAAAAGCCACAACACAGCCUUUGGUGUUGUAUACACAUGUGCCCUGUUGGAGAAACCCCUGUUGCCAUUCGCAGGUCCCAAGCAAUCCCUGUGCUGCACCGGCUGGGCUGUGCGGGGGGGCCGACGGACGAGCACGCGCUGUCUGUGGGUCCUCGUGCACAGCCUCGAGUCCACCUGUCCACUGUAACCUGCCUUGUGAAUAGAGAUGUGAGGGCCUCAGACUCCACCGGCUCCAGCAGGAGCUCAUGUUUUCGCUACUUAUGGUCUCACUCUUCACACAGCGAAUUGUUAACAAUAUAUCUGGAUGUCAUUAUUGUUUGCGACAUAAUAAAAGAAAACUCUGCA